AUGUGGAAUGAGGCUCUACCUCUAGCCGGUCCAUCGGACGGCGUAUCGAAUGGUCAUCUGGCCACAGCAGCAUUGGGAUCCCUAGAAACCCACGAGCAACGACGCGUCCUAGACAUUGUCUCGCAGUUGCGCAAAUGUGGACUGGAAAGCGUACUCUCCCUGCCACAGCUCGUGGUCUGUGGCGAUCAGUCUGCAGGCAAAAGCUCAGUGCUCGAGGCCCUGACCGAAAUCCCCUUCCCUCGCAAAGACAACCUGUUCACACGGUAUCCGACAGAGAUCAACAUCCGACCCGCCCCAAUCAACUCGUUGCAGAUCAAGGUGAUCCCGGAUCCUCAGCGAUCGGACGAGGAGCAGGCUGCAAUCCGCAAUUUCCGUCAGACUAUCACCGACUUCGGUCAUCUUCCACGGGUCAUGGAAAGAGCAACGCAGCUGAUGGGAAUUGAUCGUGGACCGGAUACCAGCCAGACCCGGCGAGCAUUUGCCCGUGACGUGCUUAGCGUCGAGAUCGAAGGCCCCAAUCGACCGCAGCUCACGGUAGUCGACCUCCCUGGGAUCAUACAGGCGGAGACAAAGGACGCAUCUCAGAUAGACGUCGAUAUGACGGUAGAGAUUACGGAAUCAUACAUCUCACAACCGCGAACGAUCUGCUUGGCUGUGGUGUCGGCGACGAAUGACUAUGCCAACCAGCCGAUCCUCAACAAGGUCCGCCACUUCGACCCCAAGGGAGAACGCACGCUCGGUAUCAUCACCAAGCCGGAUCGACUUCCUCCGGGCUCAGACACGGAGAAACAAUUUGUUCAGCUGGCAAAGAAUGAAGAUAUCUUCUUCACGCUCGGAUGGCACGUCCUGAAGAACCGGACGUUCGAGGAGGCGCAAUUCUCUAUCGAGGAACGAAAUGCCUCCGAAGCGGCCUUCUUUCGAAAGGAAAAGUCGCUAUUUGGCAAACUCCCUGUAGAGCAGGUCGGGAUCGAGGGCUUGGUCAGCCGUCUCAGCCGACUGCUGUUCACUCAUGUCCAAAAGGAACUCCCUCGGCUGCAAGAAGACCUAGAGGUGGCCCUACGCGAGACCGCCCAAGAGAUCGACACCAUGGGCAUAUCCAGAGCUACCCCCCAGGAGUGCCGAACCUUCCUUUCCCAGCUGGCGAUGAACUUUUACGAAGUCUGCAAAGCGGCGGUCAAUGGCCACUACGAGGGAAAUUAUUUUCAGUCCAAUGUGAACAGCUUCUCCGUGAAGCGCCCAGAAACGAUCCGUCGACUGCGGGCGGCAAUCCAGUUCAUGAAUCAAUCUUUCGCUCAAGAGAUGCGUAAAAACGCUCAUAAAUACCAGAUCAGAGGACUCGGUGCAGACGCCCCAAUCCCUAAGGAUACGGCACUAAAUGAAUCCAAAACUAAUGGUGUUGAUGGCGAAAUGCAACCCCUGGACGAGUGCACGAGUGACGAAGAUUAUAACCCGUUCCGCGACAUCAGUCGCCCUCAAAACAUGUCACAUCAAAAAGCAAUUGACUGGGUCAGAAAAGUAGUCACCAGGGCUAGGGGACGCGAGCUUUCUGGCAAUUUCAACCCACUCGUCAUCUCUGAGUUGUUCUGGGAGCAAUCAUCGAAAUGGCGUCUCUUCGCUCAAGCACACGUAGAGCAAGUAUCCAAUGUCUGCCACUGCUUUCUGAAAAGCUUGCUCAGGGAGAAAGCCCCACGAGACACGCUUUCCUGCAUGUGGCCUCUGAUCGUGGAUGAAAUGAAGGCACGGCAGAGACGUGCGAUGGAAGAACUCGACAAGAUCCUGACUGAUACCACAAGCUGCGUGAUCAACUACAAUCACUACUAUACGGAUACUAUCCAGAAGAGUCAGUUUGAAAGACGCAAGGGCGCAUUGCGCGACUGUAUUUCUAGGGCAACCAGCGUUGUAAGGCCCACAAAUAUGUCCAACAAAAACACUACAUCGAUCGAUGUAGACAAAGCACUGAAUAUGUAUCAUGAACACAUCGAUCCCAAUAUGGACACCCACAGUUCCGAAGAGGUCUUGGACUGCGUCAUCGCUAUCUACAAGGUAUACCAGAAGCAAUUCGUAGCCAACGUGACCGUGCAAGUCAUCGAAAGACACAUACUUCGAGAUUUGGAGCAUGUACUCUCCCCACUGACACUGUCGAGACUGUCAGACUCCGAGACGCUUGCUCUGGCAUGCGAGCCGGGGACCGCCAAGAGACGACGGGAGUUUCUGCAGGGCCGACUGGCAAAGCUCAACGAGGGCCACAAAAUUCUGCAGGAGAUCGUGACCGCUGUUUGA